GAACUAGAGCUAAAAUUGAAAAAUGAUAAACCUACUAAGCCAAUUUAUACUACUAUUCAAGUUGAAAAUAUCUUUUCUCAACUUGAUAAACAACUUAUAGCAAAUGUUAAAAUAGAAAAUAUUAACAAUCCUUUAAACCCUUCUCCAGAUAUAUUUAAACUAAUUCAACCAAAAAUAAAUGAAAUAAAAAACAAGAAAAAAGAAGCCUAA